UACCUGCUGCUCUACUUUUACGGAACUCCGUUGAAACGUUCCAUGGCGUCAUAGUCGUUCAAGUCGUGAGAAAUGUGACAUUUAGGAUCACCAGAAGAUAAUCGGAAAGUUUUUGAGCGUGAUUCAAAAGUGUUGUGAACGAAAAGAUUUAUGUGACAAAUAUUCCGGUGCCAAACGGGUCUCGGCAAAGCUUUGACGAACGUCCAAACUAACUCCGCUGCGCGGACAGAGUGAACUGCUCGAAUAACAAGCUGUUAUGACAGAAGGCGAUCUCUUUUGAUUUGGCCUAAUUUGUAUUUGUUUCAUCUGAUUUAUCGACUUUCUCCCAAGAAAUACUCGCUCGUAAACAACGAGAAUGGGCAGCAAUCAUCUCUACAGCCUAUCGUGGGGUGAGUUCGGUAGCUCUUUGGCAUCGGCGGCCCAGUUAUUACGAGGUCACGGCGAGCUUGUUGACGUCACUUUAGCUGCAGGUGGACGAAGCUUCGCUGCUCAUAAAAUUGUACUCUGUGCCGCCAGUCCCUUUCUCCUUGAUUUGCUUAAGAGCACUCCGUGUCAACAUCCAGUCAUAAUGCUUGCUGGAAUUGGAGCCGAUGACUUGGAGUCUCUAUUAGAAUUUGUAUACAGAGGUGAAAUCAGCGUCGAACCCUCUCAACUUCCGUCUCUUCUUCAGGCGGCUCACUGUCUAAAUAUUCAUGGACUAACACCACCCACUGUCCUCACCGAAAAUGGCGAGGAAAUUCCUCUGUCAGCUAUCCCAGCAGCCAGUGAGGCCUUGGCUCGUGAUGUUAUCAACUCCUACCUACCGCUGAGGCGGAGAAAAAGACGAACGAAAUCGUCUUCUUCGUCGUGCAAGUGGCCUAGGACUGAAGACAAUCACGACACUGAAAACAGACCGCUCGAAGGACACAAUCAGGAUAGCAGAACGACUAUGGAAUAUGAACGUAGUAAACAUGACGAGAGUGGCGGCAACCAUGGUGAUGAGACAGUUAACGAUCGUUCGGAAUAUUCUAACCAUCAUGGGUCUCGUUCACCUCAACCGCAUCAUUCGACGCCUAUAUCCUGUGAAGAUUCUCAAGGGACAGCAAACCAAGAUCUGCCGGAUUCUGAGCCACACCUUCACACCUUGAUGCCGAUGCAGCAGUACUCGCCGUUGCACAUACCGUCUUUUCCAAACUCUUUAAAUAUCGGCUUACCUCCUAGCGUACCGAUUCCAAUCAACUCCUCAACCUCUGGUUGUACUUCUGUGAAUGCCAUGAUGCUUGGAGCCUCAAAAAUACGAGGUGCAUCAGAUUGCCCGGGUGUUUGUCCUUUGUGCGGAGCAACGUUGCGCCAAGCCAGAAAUUUACGACGACACCUACUUUCAUCGUGCAAAUACCGUUUUAAUGCCAAUUCUAGCCAGCACAGCUCCUCCGAUCCAAUGAUUAUUGAGAUUAAACCCGAGGUUGAGAUCCCUGGUUACACUGGGCAGUCCGUCAACUACGGAACUGAUAGUGGAAGCAGUGGUUGCGAACAAAUUGAGUGCAAACCGAGCCCUUUACCAUCUUCAUCGCCACAUGGUUCUCUUGUAUCCCCGCAUGGAUCAAACAUGGUUUCACCACGAAGUAAUAUUUCAUCGCCAACGAUCGCUAGAUGAAAAAGAAGUUAGCGAUUAAAGCGAAAGCGAAUCAAAGCGUACAGCAGAGACUAAACUUGUUUAAUUAUAAUAAAAUAUUACUGUUUUAUAUCAUUAUUAAAUUCGGUACUUACUGAAAAAAUGGGGCUCAGAGUUAACAACUCUUAUUGUUGAUCAAAUUCUUCCAUUUAAUUUCGACCACAUGACAUAUUAAUAUUAGUAAUUAGUUUUUAGAAUAAUAUUUAGAGUGAGCUUUAGUUUUUAAAUACUGCCCAAUCGUAAUACAAUCCUGCACUGAUUCCAAAUUGUAUAAACGGUAACGGGGCUAUAAUUUUUGAAUCUUUUUUUUAAAACUUGCUUACCGUAAGAGAUAUAUUUUAAUACUCAUUUCUGAUUUGUUCAUUCGCAUGUAGUUGAUUCUAAGUGACUUCCAUCUCGAAAUUCUACAUGGCUGCUGAUUAUUGGGGAGUAAAUAUUAUUAUUUUUUUUUCUUGCAAUCAUUGAUUUAUUUAAAUAUUUCUAUUUUUUACUUGAGUUUACAAUCCUUUGCUAGAAUUAGGUACUAUUUUUCUCACGCAUUUCAUUGAUCUCCAAAUUUGUCAUUCAAUAUAAUGAAACAAUUAAUGAGCUCAACGAUCAUAAAUAGAAGGGAAACAGUAAUUAAAUACAUAUUUGUAUUUAUAUAAUGAUUUGUGUCUUCGAAGAAAAUACAGACGGAUAUUACUCUAUAGGAUACGAGAGCAAUUUUAAGAAAUGUACAUUGUAUUGCUAAUCUCAUAAAAAUUUGUAAAUAAAAUUCCUAUGAACAUGAAACAACGACGAGUAA